UAUUUCCUCUCCCUUUUAAAUGCCAUUCUCAAUGUCGUGGUUCAUUCUAAACUAUUAUCUAUCAAUAUUCGGAUGUAAAGGAUAUAAAUGAAGACUUUCUCUUGGAACUUUCUCUACGUCAUGUCAGAGUGUUCAAUGAAUUCUAAAUUUAAUAUGUUUUAAAGUACGCACGAUCAUACAAAUUUUAAAAAAAUAGUUAUUAUAAAAAAUGCUGUAUCCUUUCAAUAUUAUGGAACAUUGAAAACCUCGAGAUUAGAGACCAUAGCUUUCGAAGAAUUUUCGUAGAAUCACUAUUCUGGAUCUCUCUACAUACAGCUUGUACAGCUAUAGAUUUAUCAAAUCAUCAUUUAUAUUAAAAAUGCCAGCCUUGAAGCUUUUCGGCCGAAAAUGGUUGGCAGCCACGGAUGAUCUUGUAUACCCUGGAUUAUUCGAAAUUUUAAUACGCCUUACUUGGUUGAUCUUGAUAGGAAUAGGAUGCGUAAAAUAUUAUGCAAGUACCUGGAGAUGUCAACUAGGAGGCGAUGUAGUCCGUGUAUAUUUAAUAGGAGAAGUAACCAUCCUUGUUAUAGUUAUAAUUAUUACAUUUUUUAUCAUAAGAUAUAGCAGUAAAGGAUCCAUAACGGAUACACACGCUCGCCGUUAUGUUGAGCCGCUUCUCACAGUGAAAAUAUUCAUGAUUCUACCAGAAAUAAAUUGGAACAUUUUGGGAACGCUUUGGAUCUCCAGUAAGAACAUAGAUUGCGAGAUAGAACAGUACACAAUGAGCAUCGUAAAGGCAAUGGUAUUUUUCAAUUGGAUCCUUAUCGGCCUUACCAUCUUCGGUUUUGUUCUUGUUUUCGAUCCUCUUGGCUCGUUGGAUAUACGCGAGAAAGAUCUAGACGACACGAUCAAGCAUGGAAAGAUAUCGCGAAACUGGCGGCGAAGAUUCAAAUUCCUUUGGUGGAUGAGGAAAGACGAAAAGGCCAAUGAGACCUUCCAACAUGUCGCUGGUCUUCUCAGCGCACUAUUUCGAGGAACGGAUUUGGUACCUUCUGACAUUAUGGCAGGCUUAAUUCUACUGCGAGUUCGGCAGAAACGCGAAACGCACGAAUUGAAAAGUUUAAAUCUAUUUUCUCGGCCGAAAUAUACUGUUGAUGCACGCGAUAUUUUUACUGAAACUCCCAGUUGGAUGACCUUGGAAAAUGCACAUCAUUUCCUUAAAUUAUCGAUUGCAUCUUACGGCCAUUUGUUCGUUUGUUAUCAACAUAUAUGUACAGGAUGUUUUCGUUUAAUACCAAACUUAACUUGCUGUGCCUGCUUCCGAAAAAAACGGAAAGUCAUCCUGAACGACAAUUGUUGCUUCUGUAACUUAUCGGGGGUAAAAUACAUAUCAAAAUUAUCAAAUGAUGACAUUUUAUUCGCUAGUUUCAAGAAUCAUUUAUGUGAGGUACCUUUUUGCGUGAUAGUCGAUCAUAAAACAUCUAGUAUCGUUAUAAUUGUACGAGGCUCUCUGUCAUUGAGAGAUUUAAUCACAGAUAUCGCCGCAGCAUCCGAGACAUUUGAAUGUCUUGGACUACCUUCAGGAAGCAUGGCACAUAAGGGUAUGAUAUUAGGAGCUAAAACACUUUUAAGACAAUUGCACCAUUAUAAAAUCUUAGAAAUGGCUUUUAAUACAUAUCCCACUUAUACUCUUGCAUUAACAGGUCACAGUUUAGGUGCUGGUGUGGCAGUUUUACUGGGCAUAUUAUUACGUCCUGAAUACCCGAAUUUAAGAGUUUAUGCAUUUUCUACACCAGCUGGAGUUAUUAGCCGGAGUGCUGCUAAAGUUACAGAAGAAUUUGUAUUAACAGUAACCCUUGGAGAUGAUCUUGUAACGAGAUUGAGUGUUGAAAGUACAGAAGAUUUAAGAACAUCUUUGCUUGCCACUCUUGCAGAAUGUCGAUUACCAAAGUACAGAGUAAUUCUUAAUGGCUUUGGGUAUGCAUUACAUGGUGUACCUGAACAAGAUCUCGACAAAACAUGGACAACUUCUGAUAUCAUUAAUUCAAUACCAGGACAGUCUCCUUUAUUAACAUAUUCUGAAACUAUUAAUAAUGUGGAAAACACAGUAUUAACAUCAAAUAUUUCACGAAGAAGAUUUUCAAAAAUGAGACUUUACAAUGCUGGUCUUAUAUUACAUCUGGCAAGAUGUAAGCAUACAGAAACAGAUACAAAAAGUAAGAAAAAGAAAAAUGAAAAGAAAUAUGAAAUGAGGUGGGCACAGCCAGAAGAAUUUACAAAAAUGGUAAUAAUGCCGCGAAUGCUUUUAGACCAUCUUCCAGAAAAUUUGGAAAACGCACUUGCAACAUUGAUAGAACAACAAAAAGAUUUACCAAUUUACUUUGACCCAUAAUAUAGUUCAAAAAACAUGUAAAAUUUAGUUAAUAUUUUACUUAAAUUAAAAAUGGUAAGAGGCUCCUUGUAGUUAUAUAUAUUGUAAUACUAUUUUGUAAAUUUAGAAAAUACACAAUAAAAUUUAUCAUUGUAUUAUUCCUAUAUACAUAUAUACAAGAUAUCUGAUUGCAUAUUGAAACUACAGCAGGUGUGUAUUCUACACGCUAAAAUAAGAAAAAAGUUCAUAUAAACAUAUACCUGAUGUGACUUUGUUUCUGAAUUAUAGUUCGUUUUAUGAUGUAAUAAUUAUCUAUCUUCAAAGAAAUUAUUCAGAGUGACUAUUUCUAAAUUCAAUACAGACAUGAAUACAUCUUAUCAAUGAAUUGUCAAACAUAUUGAAACAGGCUAGGUAUGGUACGAAUUUAAAACCAGUCUUGAUAGACAUAUUGACAAAGUAUUUCAAUACUAUCGAUUGAAGUUUUGUAUAUUAUCGAUUUUAAAUAUCUCAAUAAGUUAAAAUCAAUAAUAUUCAGGUUUUGGAUUCAGGUUUGGAUAAACUAUAUAUUAACUAUAUAACAAAUUAUAACUUAUAAGCAAGGUCAAAUCAAACAUAUGUUUAUAUAAAUUUUGUUUUGUUAUUUUAAUGUGCAAAAUCUAUAUCUUCUGUACUUUCAUGUGCAACCGAUCAUCUUGUAUAUUUUUACUGUGCCGUAGGUUAAUUAUACAUAUAUUGAUCAUAUAAAAUUGAUCAUAAUAAAUCACCAUAUUUUAAAUAUA